AUGGGCUCAUUACUUUUCGGAUAUGAUACCGGUGUGAUGGGUUCUGUUUUAGCCCUUAAAAGUUUCAGAGGCGAUUUCGGACUUCCGCUUGAGUCAACAGGAUUUGGUGGAAGUGAGAAUGCACAGGUUGCUUCGAAUGUUGUUUCAUUACUUACAGCUGGUUGUUUCUUCGGCUCUAUAGCCGCCGCUUACUGCAAUGAUCGGUUUGGAAGAAAAUUUUCUCUCAUCGGGUUCAGCUUUAUUUUCCUGGUCGGUGCCGCUGUUCAAACUAGUGCUAGUCAUAGUAUUGGACAAAUAUAUGCUGGUCGUGUUAUUGCUGGUCUGGGUGUUGGAGGAAUGUCCUCUAUCACUCCUGUUUAUGUCACAGAGAAUGCUCCUCCCGCUAUUAGAGGACGUAUCACCGGAAUGUUUCAAGAGUUCUUGGUUCUCGGUUCUACCUUCGCUUACUGGUUGAACUACGGUGUUGCAUUGCACAUUCCAACAUCCACCAAGCAAUGGAGAAUCCCAGUCGCUAUUCAACUCAUCCCUGGUGGAUUCCUCCUAAUCGGUCUCCUCUUCUUGAAAGAAUCUCCAAGAUGGUUGGCUAAGCAAGGAAGGUAUGAGGAAGCUACUGCUUCAAUGGCGUGGACCAGAUGUACCACACCUGAAGAUGAGGAAAUUAUGCAAGAAAUUGCCGAGAUCCGUGCAUCCAUUGAAGAAGAACUUGCUGCAACUGAAGGACUUUCCUGGAAAGAGUGUCUCGCACCAGCCAACCGAAUCAGAUUCUUUACAGCUUUCUGCCUUAUGUUCUGGCAACAAUUCUCCGGAACUAACUCUAUUGGAUACUAUGCGCCACAAAUUUUUGAGACCAUCGGUAUCUCUGCAGCCAACACCGCCUUGUUUGCGACCGGUAUUUAUGGUACCGUUAAAGUCAUUACUACGGGUAUCUUCUUGUUUACUGGAAUCGAUACAUUAGGUCGUCGCAAGUCUCUGAUCUUUGGUGCCGCCUGGAUGAUGAGCAUGAUGUUUAUCCUAUCUGCUGUCCUCGUUACUCACCCACCCAACACCAAAGCAACCACCGUCGCUCCCGCAUCCAUCGCCAUGGUCGUAAUGAUCUACCUGUACGUCAUUGGAUAUUCCGCAUCCUGGGGUCCUAUCCCAUGGGUCUACGUGUCUGAGAUAUUCCCCACACGUCUUCGUUCCUAUGGUGUUGGUCUUGCAGCUUCAACUCAAUGGUUGUGUAACUUUGCCGUGACUGAAAUUACACCUAUCGCUGUUUCAAACAUUGGAUGGAGAACCUUCUUGAUGUUUGGUUUCUUCUGUUUCGGUAUGGGUACUUGGGCUUUCCUCAUCGUUAAGGAGACCAAGGGAAAGACGUUGGAGGAAUUAGAUAUCCUAUUUGGAGCUGUUAAUGCUGAGCAAAGAGCUCAGGAUGUAGAAGCAGUGCUUCAUUCAAAGAAGGAAGUUGUUCACUAUGAGGGUGACGAGUCCGUUGGAAGUAAAGCUGGUACUGUUAGAGUUGAGAACGGUGCUACGGAUGAUAAGACUACUUAG